AUGAAGAUCAAGGCCCUCAACGUCUACCCCAUCAAGGCCCUCCGCCCGAUCUCCUUGGAGUCGGCGACGCUCACCCCGCAGGGCAUCCUCCACGAUCGGACCUAUAUGCUCUUCAAGGUGAAUCCGGACUCGUCGCUCCGCAAGAUGCAGCUCUCUACAUUUCCCCAGUGCGCCCUCUUUUCCCAGGAAAUAGUCUCGUCCGCCUCUUCUUCCCCUUCCACCUCCGAGUCCUCCGGGGAUACUAUUCGCGUCCGAUAUAACCCUCCGGACCCGCCACCCCCGGCAGACACCCACCCCCUCCAGGGCAAGACCCUCUCCGUACCACUCGUCCCGGACACUGCCGCCCUCGAUCCCGUUUCCGUUGACCUCCACGGCAGCCCCGCUGAGGCCCUCCGCAUGGGCGACCCCUACGACGCCUUCUUCUCCGCCUGUUUCGGCUUCCCCGUCAUCCUGGUCCACAUCGGCUCCGGCCGCCGCCGCGUCCUCGGCACCCUCGCCCCGGGGUCCCCUUCCGCAGCAUCAUCCACGCCCGAACAACAGAAACACCAGACCCGCUCGCUUCUGUCGUCCGUUGCAUCCUACUUCCCGUCCUUCUCGUCCCUUGCGACUCAGGGAAAGCAAGUGGGGGACGACCCCGCGUGGCUGACCUUCACCGACUGCGCGCCCUACCUCGUAACCUCCGCCUCCUCCCUCUCCCACCCUUCCCUCGAACCCUUCAAAGACGACAGUCUUAUCAUGCCCAAAUUCCGCCCCAACAUUGUCGUGGAAGACCCGGAAGAAGCCCCCUUCGCCGAGGACUUCUGGGCCGAACUCGCCCUCCCCGCCUCCGGCCCCGGCCCCAGCGGCGCUAGGCUCCUUCUCACCGCCAACUGCGGCCGCUGCUCUUCCCUCAACGUAGACUACGACCGGGGUCGCCCCGCCGCCGGGCCCGAGGGCAAGCUUCUCAACGCCCUCAUGAGGGACCGCCGCGUCGACCCGGGACACAAGUACGCGCCCGUGUUCGGCCGUUAUGCGUUCCUCGCCGUCGACGCCGCUAGGGAGGAUCCGCUGGCGUCGGUCAUCCGCGUCCGCGUCGGGGACGACGUCGUUGUCGUCCGUCGCAACCCCGAGCGCACCGUAUUUGAUUGGGGCUUAUCCUAG